AUGAUACGGCGGACAUUGCAAAUGAUAAAGGAUUCGUAUGCCACCCCAUCUACGUCGAAAUCGAAGAAAGUGUUGUCGUUUGAUUCCGGAAAAGAAAUCGUACAAUGCAAAAUUUGUAAACGCUGGAUGCAGCCAAUGUCCCUUCUCAAACAUAGCACGCGUUAUCACGCUGAAGAGAAGAAAUGUGAAUAUUAUAUAACGUGCCCCCUUUGCACUGCAAAAGUACGAUUCCAAGAAGAUCUUGUCAAGCAUUGCCGUACUGUUCACGACGACGAAGACUGUGUGGUACAUACGCAAAUAUUCAAGGGUAUGAAAGAGUAUGAGGCCUGGAAAGAGUCACUUGCAAAGGCGUACUGUACUGCAUGGCUGAAUAUUGGACGAAAUCGAAAUUCGGUUCACGAAAUCACUUAUUAUCGAUGCAGCAGAGUUCACUCUACUCGUCGUCGUGCGAAGAAAUUGCUCCCGGAAACACAAUACGGCUACUGUACUUCGUUCCUGAAUGAAUACGUCUACAGUACUGGUACUGUAUUUGUGAAAUACUGUGUGCGUCAUAUCAGUCAUGAUGUUAGUGCUGCUUGCUUGCCUCUAACGAAGAAGGACAGGGAGAUUAUUGAAAGCUUUUUGGAAAGGAGUACUGACGAGGAAAAUGUACGGGAUCUGAUUCGUGAGAAGUAUAAUGAUCCUAGCACUAGGCUAUAUUGGAUUCGGCCUGAGGACAUCAAAAGGGCUAUGUCAAGCCUGGCCUGGAGAAAACGCAAACAUCGACUAACAGGCUCAACACCUUGUGAAGCAAGUGCUGCUGACGAUGGUUCUGAGAAGUCUUCAUCACCGCUCGGUUUCUAUGACGAUCCAUUUAUUCCAUCAGAAGCCUUAGAGGAGGAGCCAUCAAGCUCUCAUUCUCGUACUACGGACAAUCUAUCGCCGUGUGAUAUUUUUGACAAUCCGUUCAUUCCCUCUGCGGAAGACUUGGAGGAACUGCCCGAUUCUUAUGUCGAUACGGAGGAACUGCCCGAUUCUUAUGUCGAUACUGCUGACAGACUGCUAUCAUCCUGUAGUUCAAAUGAUGAACAUUUCCUUCCUUCUGCAGAAGAUUCUGAGGGGCCAUCCAGCUCCAAUAUCGUGACUGCUGACAGUCUGCUUGAAACCUGUGACAGUUGUGACGAUUCGUCCAUCCCUGCCGAAGCUCUGAUUAAGGAACCAUCUACCGUGAAGACCAUUAACGGUCGUCACUAUGAAGAGUCUAAAGCUGACAUGGUCAGCAUAUUGUCAGUGGAAUCUGACACCCCGGGUACACCAGACGGAUCUGUUAUCACGGCUGAAUCACUGCUCGGAUGUUCGUCCUGUACGAAGUUGAAGAAAAGGGUAGCAGAGCUCCAAGCCACUGCGGACAUGCUCAAGAAGAAGUUGUCACGGGUAUCAGAACCUGCACUAUUUGACAAUUUGGUCGUCAAGGAGGAGGGAUCCUAG